AUGGGCCUUUAAUUUAGCGCAACAGAUACAUGCAGCAAGAUUGAUCCACCGUGAGUAAAGUCACGGUUGCGACGUAGGCUUUCGACAAGCGGAAACUUUUCAAUGGAUAUGAAUGUACAUACGUAGCGAAUAAAAGAAAAAAAGAAGAUGAGAGUGUCAUUGCUACUGAUCUUUCGGGUUUUGUAUUUUUUCAACGUGUAUGGGGUCGCGAAUGCUUGGGAUAAUGACGAGUUGGAGGUGUUUGACGUUGUGGAGGAGGUCAAUCAAAAUUUCUAUGAGGUCCUUGGUGUUCCACAGGCUGCGAACGCUUCAGAGAUUAAGAAAGCAUUCAGACGAUUGUCAUUGCAAUUGCAUCCAGACAAAAAUUCUGCACAGGAUGCAGAACAACAGUUCAGGAAAUUAGUUGCUGUGUAUGAUAUAUUAAAGGACCCGGGGAAACGUCAGAGAUAUGACAAUGUACUUGUUAAUGGGUUGCCAAAUUGGCGAUCAGCUGUAUAUUAUUACCGCCAUGUGCGGAAAAUGGGACUUGUAGAGUUAGGCAUAAUUUUAUUUUUACUCUUCACGGUUGGACAAUAUGUGGUGGCAUGGGCUGCAUACUUUGAAAAAAGAUAUACAUAUGAACAAGUUUUAGGUAGUAAACUUCAAAAAAUGCAGAAGAAGAAUAAAAAGGGGAAGAUGGAUGUACCAGAUUUGGCAGACAUUUUAGAGAAAAUUCCUACACCAACAAUUUGGAAUACUCUACCAUUUCAAUUUCCAAGAUGGAUAAUAGCUUUCACGCUAUCCAUACCCGAAAUUGUACGUGUAAUGCACAAUGUUUUGGAAGAGAGGAGACGUAGGAAGAAACAAGAAGAAGAGGAAGCAUUGGCACAAGAAAACGAACAACCAGAACCAGAGCCUGUAUCCCGUACAAGGAGACGGAGAACAGGUUUCACUCCUCAAGAAAGAAGUGGCAAUGGAGUGAAGGAGAUUUCGAAGAAAAAUGAAGCAAAUCAUAUUUAUCAGAAACCAGCAAUGUCUGGUGGGUUGUGGACAGAUGAUGAUAUUCUAGAACUGAUAAAACUUGUGAAAAAGUAUCCGACUGGUACGUCCGAAAGGUGGGACAAGAUUGCAGAUACGAUGAACCGUACUGUUGCAGAAGUUACAUAUAUGGCAAAAAAGAUAAAAGAUGAAGGGUUGAAGCCCAGUACGCCUACUGAGGAGAUCAUGGUAGAUGAACGUCCAAAAAAAGCGAAAACACGUCCUGAGAACAAUGCGGACAAUGUCAAUGAAUGGAGUCAAGAGCAACAAAGAGCGCUGGAAGCAGCUCUUAUAAAAUAUCCUAAGAGCACGUCUGUAGAUAGAUGGGAGAAAAUCGCGAAUUGCGUUGAAGGGAAAACAAAGGAUGAGUGCCAGAUAAGGUAUAGGCAAUUGGUGGAAUUAGUAAAAAAGAAACAACACACUCAAUAGCCUGCCGUGUACAAGAUGUUCCUCCGACAAACUGUGUAGUCCAAUACGAUCAAGUGUCCAAACGCGUAUGGUACUCGAAGAUGAAUACAUAUUUCACGGCUGUUGUACAACAAUUUAUAAAAAGAAUUGAAUUACAGAUUUCAUAAAGGGUACU